AUGGACAUAGAGUCCAAGAAAACCGAUCUCAAGGCCCCAUGCGUCAAUGUAGAUGAGGAUACCGGCACGAUUGAAAGUGUACAGAUCGAAAUGCGCAGAGUGCUAAGGAAGAUUGAUACCAGAUUUCUACCACUUCUCGCCUUUUGCUACUUUUUGCAAUUCCUCGACAAGACCUCUUUGGGAUAUACGGCUCUUCUGGGUAUUCGUGCUGAUACUGGUAUGGUUGGAGAUGAAUAUUCCUGGAUAAACUCCAUUUUUUACUUUGGAUACUUUCUUUGGUCUUUCCCGACAUCCUGGUUAAUUGUCCGCGUUUCCUUGGGGAAGUACCUUUCAUUCGUGGUCUUUGUUUGGGGUGCUGUGCUUGCAUGCCAUGCGGCAUGUCAUAAUUAUGCCGGCUUCAUGGUUGCCCGGUUCAUCCUCGGUAUAAUGGAGUCAUCCGUCGCACCGGGCUUCAGUUUCCUUACAGGGAAGUUCUAUAGGCGAGAAGAACAACCCCUAAGACACGGUAUCUGGUACUUGGGCAACAGUUUCGCCGGCCUUUUCGGUGGUGUUCUAGCGUUUGGAAUUGGACACAUCCAAGCUAGACUGUACUCAUGGCAAUACCUUUUUAUCAUCCUCGGCUCGGCAACAUCUGCCUGCGGAAUCGCUUUGUUCUGGCUCCUUCCAGAUGGACCUGAUAGCGCCUGGUUCCUUUCACCAAUGGAGCGUGUCACUGCUGUUGAACGUACUAAUGACGUGCAUCAGAAGUCUGGCUCGAAUGAAUUCCAGAUGUAUCAGGUUUGGGAAGCGCUGAAAGACCCUCAAUCUUGGCUUCUUUCUUUGAAUAUGCUUGGUUGUAUGCUCGUUAAUUCUGGACUGAGUGCAUUCACGGGUAUCAUCAUCGCUGGCUUUGGUUACUCUGGCCUCCAGGCGUUGCUGUAUCAGAUGCCUGCUUCUGCGGUGCAAAUCGGGUUGGUCAUUAUCACCUCGCUUUGCGGUAGCUACAUUCCAAAUUGCCGGUGUAUUAUGCUCGCCAUUAUGUCCUUGAUCAGCAUUGUCGGGGUCCUCUUAGUAUAUCUCCUUGAUGACGAACACAUCCAGGCUAAAUUAUUUGGCACAUCAAUAAUGGGAGCUUUCGCCUCCGGUUUGCCAAUCAGCAUGUCGAUGGUCUCGUCUAAUGUCUCCGGGAGUGCCAAGAAGACCACUGUCAGCGCUAUGUUGUUCCUUUCUUAUUGUAUUGGCAACAUUAUCAGUCCACAGGUCUUCUUGACGAGGGAGGAGCCCAAGUAUCCGACUGGUAUCAAGGUUUGUCUUACCGGUCUCUCUCUGGGGUUUGUUAGUGCAGUUGCUCUUCGUUUCUACUUACAGCACCGCAAUUCGCUUGCGAAGACCAAUGCUGUUAGCUAUGAGUCAGAAGGCAGGGAAGUCAUUGAUCAAGAUCAGGAGAAGACCGACAAGGAAAUUCCGGGCUUUAUUUAUUUGCUUUAG